AUGCUCCCAAACCAUCCGAGCUCUCCAAUGGAGUAUAGGCCUUACGCACAGAUGUCACAACACCGUCACCUGCCGAUUCGUUGUAGUGUAUGCAAUCAGCAAGCGUAUGGAAUGAAUUAUGGAGUUCCAUCUUGCAAUGCUUGCAAAAUGUUCUUCCGGAGAGUUGUGAUUCUGCAACCCGAGUACAAAUGCCGUGGGAAUGACACGUGCUACAUUGGGAUAAAUGGAUCAACGGACCGUCCGAAGUGUCGAGCUUGUCGGUUCAGACGGUGCUUAGAUGUUGGAAUGAAAUAUCGGUGUGGCGAUGACGAUAACGAGGAAACAACGGUCAUGAGCACUGACCAAUCACACCAUCCGAAUAUUUUGGUGACUCCAGUGGACACACUGUGUAGUAUGAUUCGGUCACUGCUCCAUUUGGACACACGGCGGUAUAGAAGUUUUGAGCGGAUGGAGAGCGAUGAGGAUCCGACGAUUGGAGAGGUGUUGAAUAGAAGUGUUAGGGGGUUUGCAAUGGAUAGAAUGAAUGAGGCGCCUCGGUCCCCUCUACGUUCCAAUCAACAAAUCCUCUCGCAAUGGAGCUUCUUCGGUGUCUGGACCUCCAUCGAGUUCCUCAACAGUCUUGAUUUCAUGUCCCUUUUGAACCCAGACGACAAACAAAUCAUCCUCCAAAGCUUUGCCAUGAACUCCUACCUCCUCUCGUCAGCAUUCCAAUCAGCCACCCAACACAGCGACCGUCUGCUGAACCCAGACGGUACCGAGUUGUACCCAUCGGGACUCAGCAAUAUGAAAGAGUUUUCUCACGGUUAUGUAAAUCGAAUUCAAAAGUUAUUGGUUUCCAAAUUAGGAGAAUUGCAUAUCACCUCGGAAGAGUACAUUUUGACGACACUCAUUUUGUUCUGCACGCCAAGACUAUCCGGUAUGUCUCCAUACGCUCAAGGGAUAGUGACGGAGCAGCAAAGAAAGUACUGUAAUGCUCUCAUGGAGUAUCUCAAACUCACUUGGAAGGAGCGCGCACCGCAACGCUUUCAGGAAAUCAUAUCGAUUGGGAGCGUGAUGGCGAAGAGUUUUGAAGACGUUCACUACCUUGUCGAGAUGCUGAAAAUCUUCUAUCCAACCUCGUAUAAUUCGAAAAAGCUGUUUGUGGAGAGCUUGAAUAAAUAA